CUCAUGUCGAAAAGUAUCUUGAAGGCUAGCAAGCCAACAAAUAAUCAAAAUGGUUCAUGGUUUUCCAAAUUAAACAAUGACACAAGUCUAUUCAACUUUAGAAAUAAAGACCAGGAGAAUAGUAACGACAUAAUCAAUGAACUUUCACCCAAGGAACUUCGUCGAGUACGAUUUCCAGUAAAGACAGAUCUGGUGACAGAAUAUAUUUUAAUAAAGGAACAAGAUACACUAGAAAAGGUGGUAAUUGAACCAGUCAAUGUUCAAACAUCCCUUCAGUUACUGUCACUUUAUGAGCUUAUUUGUAAGAAUAAGCAAGAACCGACUAUUGACUCUUUUGUAUCUACCUUGAUUGUAAGAGAUUAUGCAACCACAAGCUACUUCCUUGUCACGACUUGACUUGACUAAUCAACAUAUCACCAAACAAUCCAUAUCACCUUUAGCAGAUAUCAUGUCUAUUGACUUUGGUAUCAGAGAAUUAAUUCUUUGCAACUCUGGGUUAGAAGACGAUGCUGUCAAGAUAUUAAUGCACAGCUUAUUAGAAAAUGAUAAAAUCACCUACCUUAAUCUAUCCAAUAACCCAAAACUGACAGCGAUUGGUUAUAAAUACAUCUCUGUUUAUGCCAAAGAGUCUCGACAAUUAUCAACACUGGAUCUCUCUUUGAAUACAUUGGACAAAAAGGCAACUCAGUAUCUAUUUGCUGCCAUUACCACAAGCUCAAUGUCUCGAUUCAUUUUGAAUGGAUGCACGAUACGAACAACUGCACAAUUACAGAUACUUGCUUCAGGAGUUAAAAGAUCGCGUCUACAACACUUGACAUUACAUCAAAAUAGAAUGAACCAUCAAGGCGCACUGUCAAUAGGCGUGAUGCUCAGAGACUAUGACAACACGGGUGGAUCAUUAGAACACUUGGAAUUGGAUGGCAACGAGAUUGGCACAGGGAUUCAAUAUAUCGCACAGGCACUAAAAAGGAAUCAAAACCUACGAACCUUGUCUCUACGACAAUGUAAAUUAGACGCAAAAGGCUGUAGCCUUAUCGGUGAAGCUCUGAAAUACAAUCAACAUUUAGAGAAACUAGACUUGGGAAAUAACCCUUCUAUUUGCACACAAAGCUUGGAUGGUAUUGCUUCUAUCAAACAGGCGCUUUUAGUCAACCGUUCAUUAAAGGACCUAUGCCUUUCUGAUACAGGAUUGACAACAGAAGCUGUUAUUGCAAUCGCAGAAAGCUUGGCCGAAAACAAAUCACUGUCGCGAUUAGAUCUAUCCAAAAAUCCACUUAUUGAUAUUGCAGGGAUGAUGGCCAUCGCUGUCUCCAUCCGUCUCAAUCACAAUAUUACCUUUAUUGACAUAAAUAUAUCGACAAACGAUGAAGAGAUGAUACAGAUACACCACGACAUGUUAGCUAUUUGCACCAGAAACGCUCAGCAGACCAAAAAAGCAACAGUGACAACAGAAAAUGAACUAAAAAAUAAUCUAGUCUCAGCAGCACAAGCAACUGCUCGAUUGACCCUUCAAGAACGUCUAGAGGCCGUUACGAAGGGGAAAGUAGAUGAUGAUUCUAAUUUAAUACAGGAAGCAUUGGAGAUACUUGAAAAGAUGACAAAAUCUGAUGUUGAUGAGGAUAUGUUAACCAAAUGCAAAGAGCUUCAAGUGGCAGUGUGCCAAAGAAUACCAAAUGUAUCAGAACCUUCUCAAUUAGAACUACUAUUAGGCAUCAAUGAUAAAUUGACUACUUCCAUCGAGAAUCAUUAUCAAGACAUACCAUCGACGCCAAUACCCGAAACGAACUUGAAAAAGUUACAUGAAAUUGAAGCAGAGGAAGGUGCUGCCUUUUUGAAUGCAAAAAGACAAGAAACGCCUAAUGCAGAAGAACCAAGUGAAAAACAAUAAAUAUAUGUAUACAUUUGACAACUUCGUCCCCCAAAAUUGUAAACAUUACACCAGUGUGAAUUUAUUAAUAUAAAAGAUGUGUAUUUUUGUACAGUUGCGAGCCAUUGUGUGUGUUUGUCUCAGGAGCUCUUUUUCUUUAAAUCUCUACUUGCUUUUAUCAGUGGAAUCAAGGUUCGAACAUGAUCCCCACGCUGAAGAAAUGGAUGACUCAGCAGGGCAUUUGCAUCAGGUCUACCCUUGCUGUCGACAGUCAAGGACUGUUUCAAAAAGUCUUUAAGCGCAUCUGAUAGUUCAUCU